GGUUACAUGCUUCCCAGGGCUUCUGUAAAUCAUUCUGAAACAGUGUCGUGCAAAAUGUAAGGAGACAGUCACUAAGGGAGGAACGUGAUGUGGCAAAUUAGGAACUCACUGACAGGAAUGUAUUCAACUGAUUACUUUGUCUCUCUGCUAGGCCGCGCUGAGGCUGUCAUUGAGGACUUUAAAUUGGACAUGGCCACGCCUUCCUCCAGUCACAUGGUGGGAAGAUGCUUUGUUGCUACGGAGACGGGCACCUACUUUGAAGGCACUGGCUUCCUGAAAGCAGUCUCUUCCUACAGAGUGGGUCUGGAUGUGUCGAUAGCCUUAGAGUUCAGGACCAGCAGAACCACUGGGGUGCUUUUGGGCAUCAGUAACCAAGCCAACGAUGGACUGGGACUAGAGAUUGUCGAGGGCAAGCUGCUCUUCCACGUUGACAACGGAGCUGGACGAAUCACAGCGGAGCACGUGCCUGAGGGCGAGGGCUUCUGCGACGGCCAGUGGCACUCGGUCACUGCCAAGAAGCUGCGGCACCGCGUGGAGCUGGUGGUGGACGAGAAGCAGAGCCAAUCAGAGAGCCCCAACGCUCGCUCCAACACGUGUGACACAAACGACCCCAUCUACGUCGGAGGAUAUCCAGGUGGAGUUCGGCAGGCGGCUCUCUCCACCAGCACUUCCUUCAGAGGUUGUAUGAGGAACCUGAAGAUCACCAAAGCUUCUAAGACCAUGGAGGUGCAGUUCAACAAGGCUCUGGAGAUUAAAGGAGUGCAGCCUCUCUCCUGUCCCGCUGCAGCUGCAUAACUGCUACCUUAGAGCUUCCCCUUUGUUGUCCACUCAACAGAGCACUCCUACAAGGGGCUACACAUGUUCAAAUCUUGCCACUCUUCUCAUUUCUUUGUUUGGUCUCCUCUAUCGCCCUGCCUUUGUCCCAGAAAUGUAUCUCAGUGUACUUUUGAAGGAAGGAUGUCUCGAGCAGAGUAUGGAUAGGUGUAUUCUUUCAUAAUCCUUGACAUAGAAAGUGGCGUGACAAUGGACAGAUUACAGUUACAUUUAAUUGACUAAAAUGAUUGCUCCAAAGCAUAGAUGUCUUAUUUUUUGGUUGCCUCGACUCCUAUCUCCUCAUGUCUCUUCCUUGCUUCCUGUUGCUUCAGUAAGACACAAGAAAAGGAUGCACAAUCAGAGAAAUGAGAACAGCCCUCAGCCUUUAAACCUGCACUUCACAAUGUUUUUAUUUCAGUGUGUAAAGCCCUCUUUGCAAGUUACCUGCUGCAGUUUUGAAGAAGGUAACAGACUUUUAACAACGUUUUAGCACCCUCCAAACGUUAACCCUUACAUUUUCAGAGACCCUGACUUAAUGUACAUUGUAAGACUCUGGACAAUAAAUCUUAUCAUGGCUACACAU